AUGUCUACCAUGUCAUUCUUCAAUGAAACCAUGGCCACUGUGGCGCCGCCAACAACUCGGUACAAGACAGUUCUUGAAAGCAACUUGGAUCAGAUGUACAUGAUCCUCAUGGGUCUUUUAAUUCAAUUGAUGCAGUGCGGUUUCGCUUUCCUAGAGGCUGGUGUUGUGCCCAGUGUAAACACAACCAACAUUGUCAUGAAAAACGCCCUGGACGCAUGUAUUGCAGGAGUGGCCUACUGGUUGGUCGGAUUUGCCUUUGCCUUUGGUCCGGGCAACAAUUUCAUCGGCUGGACCUACUUCGCCUUGGCCUACCAUCCAGACAAUGAACUAGCCCACGUCUUCUUGGAGCUGGUCAUUGCGGCUACGUGCUCCACUAUCGUGUCUGGCUCUGUAGCUGGGCGCUGCAAGAUGAUUGCUUACAUCAUCUACAGUUUCGUUAUUACAGGCUUCAUUUAUCCAAUAGUUACCCGUUGGGUAUGGAACCCCGAUGGAUGGUUGAUCAGUGGCCAGAUGUACAACAUUACUGGCGUGCCGGAGAUCAUCGGCUUUUAUGAUUUCUCUGGAAGUGGAGCUGUACAUCUUUGUGGAGGAACUUCAGCUCUCGUGUCUGCCGUCAUUCUUGGAGCCCGUAUUGGACGCUUCGAUAACGGACACGAACUUCCCCCUCACAUGAAAGGUCACAAUGUUCCGUACGUAGGCUACGGUGCUAUGAUUCUUUUGAUCGGCUUCAUGGCAUUCAACGGUGGAUCGGUUAUGUCUGUCUCCAAAGAAGGAGAUGGAGCUGCAAUGAGUUUGUCCAUUGUCAACACGAUGAUUUCUGCAGGAUGCGCCGGUUACACUUCCCUCUUCGUUCGCAAAAUAAUAUUUCCCAAUCACAAAUGGAGUGUGUUCAACACAGUUAACGGGGCCGUUUGCGGCAUGGUGGCCAUCUGUGCAUCCUGCAACUGCGUCAGACCGUGGGCAGCCCUAGUGAUUGGUGUCAUUUCUGGAUGUUGCUUCAACGUGACCGCCUGGCUUGUGGCUAAAUCCAAAAUUGAUGACCCUGCAGACUCCGUCGGCAUUCACUUCUCCGGUGGAAUAUGGGGUCUAAUUGCCUAUGCUUUCCUAAAAUAUGAAACUGGAAUCCUUUACGCCUGGGACAGGAGAUCAGGAAUGUUACUGGCUUGGCAGUUGGCUGGCAUCGCCGCAAUCAUCCUGUGGACUGGCGGUCUCAGUAUCAUCCUUUUUGGAGGGCUCAAAUAUUCAGGACUCUUUAGAGUGUCGCCAGAGGUAGAGAAAACUGGUUCCGACCUUCCUGAGCAUGAUGAAGCAGCAUAUCAGGUUGAUAUUACUUGUCUCAGCCACGACUUACAAAUGAAAUUGAACUAUAUUUUUGAGAAUGUCAGCGUCCCACCGAAAAUGUCAUACACAAAAGACGGCAAGGAAGCAGCAUACGAUGCGGAACUAAAAGUCAUGAACAAUCUGCAGCCAACAUUUGUUUCGUCGCCUGACCACGAGUCCAACCUGACACUGUCUUAUAAUCGACCACAAGCUCAAGUCAACGCAGGUUUCACUGAAGGAGUUGAGAGAACACCCUUGUAA